CCAAAGGACCAUCACAGAUUACUUCAGGAGUAUAUCCCGCAUCUCGCCAUGCUCCAGUAACAUGGCGGAGAGCCUCAAAGCCAAAGUUGAGGAACCUCUGGAGAAUUUCGCUCACGGCUCGGCGUCCGACUCGGACGACUCUUGCAGUCUUCUUGACGAUUGGACGGACAUGUCGGCGAUCCCCAAGAAACAGUUACGUUUCUCCUGGGGACCUAGUGACUUUGACGGACGCCCUGGCCAAGAGGUCCAAGAACAGAGACCAUGGUUGGUGAGGCUUCCUGAAGAGAGCUCGGGUGAUGGAACUGUCAAAGAAGAAGUUCAAGACGUUGAGGUGGAUCCACUUCCCGAUGUCCACUUUGGGCUGUUAGGAACCACAUCGGGGGAUGACGUGCCUCGGGGAACCCUGGACAAACUGCCUGAUGAAAUUCUUCAGGAGAUCUUUGUCCUGCUACCUGUGGUUGAUCUCCUCCAAAACCUCCCUCAGGUGUGUCGGCGUUGGAAGCGUAUCGUCUCUGACGUGAAGUUCAUUCCUUGGAAGAAGCUGUACUAUGAGUAUUUGAAGGGAAUCGGCCACACCUCGCAGACCCUUCAAUUCAUUCUACAACGGUACGGCCUAACCAAGGAGCACCCCCAGUGCAUGCUGGGAUUUAUUCGGUGUGCGUCUGCUGUUCGGAGCUGCCACUGCCGAGAUCCCACCGCUGUCCUCGCGUGCCUGAAACGCCACUCGCUCUUUCCCAAGGCAGAAGUCUGCAUUGCCAAGAAUCUUCCGGAUUUCGACAGUCUCAAAGAGCAGGUAAGUCUUGGCAGGAUUAAACGCUCCCUGGAAUUGAG